AACCGUUUCAUCCGCUCCGUACUGGCUGGCUGUCUGCCUGCUGUUUGAAGAAAACGGCACACACACACUGCGAACUAACGAACAAAAAAAAAAAAAAGUGCUACAGAUCGCGCAGUGCGUGUACGUUUGUUCGCGCUGAUUGUUUCCGUUUUUAUUGUCGUUUGUGUUUUGUUGUUGUGUUUUGGAAAGCAUUUAUCGAACAAAAAAACACCCUAACCAGAGUGGUGGUUUUCCACUUUCGCGCUAAACCUACGCCAUUCUGCGCUGUCCGUUCGGCCAGUCGAAGCGACAGCAGCCGUCGAACGCCAUUGUGUGUGUCCGGAUCGCGUAAACCCUUCGAGGAUACGUUGCUGCAGAUUGCAGCAAAGGACGCUGUUAGAGUAUUGUCCAAUGAAUCAUCCUGCGACCGGAACUAUCGGGCUCACCUUGUAAUUAAACCCAGCAGGUGGGGACAAGAGGACCCGCCAUCGCCAGCUGUACGUGUAACUCUGGGUUUAUAGUGCGAGUUUGCGAGUGGCCGGGGUGUGCGACCGAAGGAAAGAAGGUCCCGCUGCGAAAGCUGCGAAAGGGAAAUAAUUUAGAUAAAUUAAUAACUUCCCCGAACCGAGCAGCGUUCGAACCAUAAGCAAGCAUGGAGGAGGACACGGAAUACAAGAAGCUACCGAUCGAUGAACGCUGCGUGCACAAGCUGUGGAAGGCCCGCGUCGAUGGGUACGAGGAGGCGGCCAAACUGUUCCGCACCAUCGACGACGAAAAGUCCCCCGAGUGGAAUAAGUAUCUCGGGCUGAUCAAGAAGUUCGUCAUCGACAGCAAUGCGGUCGCACAGGAGAAGGGCCUCGAGACGGCGCUCGUGUUCGUCGAGAACAGUGGCAACGCGGGCAAAACGGUCGGCGAGGUGAUGGGGGGCAUCGUGACGAAAUGCAUCGGUGCACCGAAAACCAAAACAAAAGAGCUGGCGGUGCAAAUUACCCUCAUGUACGUGGAGAUCGAAAGGCAGGAAACCGUGCUGGAGGAGUUGCUGAAGGGUACGGAGCAAAAGAAUCCCAAAAUAGUGGCGGCCUGCGUCAGUGCGAUUACGCUCGCGCUGCGCGAGUUUGGCAACAAGGUAGUGAACAUCAAACCGAUCGUGAAACGGCUGCCCGCCCUGCUAAGCGAUCGCGAUAAGACGGUGCGCGACGAAUCGAAGGCACUUACCGUGGAGAUCUAUCGGUGGAUCGGGGCAGCGUUCAAGUCGCAAAUUGCGUCCCUGCCCGCCGUGCUGUUGGCCGAGCUGGAAACGGAAUUUGAAAAAAUUGGCAAUGAGAAGGCCACUCCGGUACGGUACCUGCGGUCGCAGCAGGAGAAACAGCUACAGAUUGCGGCCUCGGUCGCCGAUGGGGCCGAGGGUGAGGAUGAUGGUGAUGGGGUGGAAGGUGGCGGUGAUGCGGGGGAUGAGAUUGAUCCGCUGGAUUUGAUCGAUCCGGUCGAUAUACUGUCGAAGCUGCCGAAAGACUUCUACGACAAGCUGGAGGCGAAGAAGUGGCAGGAGCGGAAGGAAUCUCUGGAAGCGUUGGAAACGCUGCUACAGAACCCGAAGCUACAGCCGGGCGACUAUGGCGAUGUGGUGCGUGCGCUGAAGAAAGUGAUCACGAAGGACACGAACGUGGUGCUGGUGGCGCUGGGUGGCAAAUGUUUGGCCAUGCUGGCGAAAGGGCUGGCCAAGAAGUUCAACACGUACGCGGGGGCUUGCGUUCCAGCGAUACUCGAGAAGUUUAAGGAGAAAAAAACGAACGUUGUAACGGCGCUGCGGGAUGCGAUCGACGCAAUCUACCCUUCUACCACGCUGGAAGCCAUCCUGGAGGAUGUGCUCGAAGCGCUGGGCAACAAAAAUCCAAGCGUCAAGAUGGAAACCGCCUCCUUCCUGGCUCGAUCGUUCACCAAAACCCUACCGACGGCCCUGUCCAAGAAAAUCCUGAAACCGUUAAUAGCGGCACUGCUGAAAACGCUAAACGAGCCCGAUCCGGCGGUAAGAGAUGCGGCGGCCGACGCAAUCGGAACCGCGAUGAAGCUGGUAGGCGAGAAAACGAUUGGCCCUUACCUAACCGAGGUGGACGCACUGAAGAUGGCCAAAAUAAAGGAAUGCUGCGAGCGUGCGGUCAUAACGGUAAAGAUUCCGGCCGCUCGCAAGGAACGCCCGGCAACGGCACCGGCGAAAGCGGUUACGACGGUCAUUAAGAAGGCACCGUCCGAGACGAAGGUUGGUUCCGCCGCCGGUGGAGCGCAACGGCCAGCAACGGCAGCGACCGUCGUUAAGAAGGUGGUGUCCGGUGGUGGCCUAAAGAAAAGCGCUACCGGUGGCUCGCUCGGUGGCGGAGGAAGGACGGGUGCAUCGGGGGCGAAAGCGGGCGCUUCCGCAUCGGCCCCAAACACGGAGAAAGAUCUCUCGCAGGAAGAAAUCGAUGAGCGGGCGGGUGAAAUACUUCCACCGGACGCUAUCGGUGGAUUGGUGGAUGCGAACUGGAAAACGCGUCUCAGUGCGGUGGAAUCGUUUGGCGCGGCCAUCGCCGGGCUGGAAUCAAAACCCGGCCUGUCGCAGACCCUCCUACGAUCGUUGGGAAAGAAGCCCGGCUUUAAGGAUACCAACUUUCAGGUGUUGAAGGGAAAGCUCGACACGGCACGAACGGUAGUGGAACGUUUCGGCAUCACCACCACCACGGCCGAUUACCUGCUGACGGAUGUGACGGAAAAGCUGGGUGACGCGAAAAAUGGUUCCGCUGCCGCUGCUUUGCUGACCGCGAUUGCGGACGGUGGCGCCCGGCUGGACUACACCGUGCAGCGCGCGAUGGAGUUUGCUUUCGAGCAGCAAAAAUCGCCCAAAGUGCAGCAGGAGGUGCUCGUGUGGGUAGCGACGGCACUGCGCGAGUUCGGCUUCCAGGUCGAGCCGAAAGGUCUGCUGGAAAGUGCUCGAAAGGCGGUGCAGAGCAUAAAUCCGGCCGUGCGUACCGCCGGCAUCGGACUGCUCGGCACGAUGUACCUUUUCAUGGGCCAGCCGUUGACGAUGUUUUUCGACGGCGAAAAACCCGCCCUAAAGCAACAAAUAAUGGCCGAGUUUGAGCGAUGCGCAGGACAAAAGCCACCACCACCGACACGGGGAGCAAUCGCGAAAGGGUCCGGUGGGGGAGAUGACGACGGCGACGACGAGGAGGGAGGCCAGGGAGCAGCGGCCGAGGAGGAUAGUGCACCGAUACUGCUAACCGAUCUGCUGCCGCGAAUUGACAUUUCGGGACAAAUCACGGAAGCGCUGCUAACCGAGCUGUCGGACAAGAAUUGGAAGACGCGAAACGAAGGCUUGGUGCGGCUGCAGACAAUCGUUGCCGAAGCGAAGCUCAUUAAACCCACGCUUGGGGAUUUGCCCCAGGUGCUUGCGCAGCGGUUGGUCGACAGCAACGCGAAGAUAGCGCAAACAUCGGUCGAAAUUUGCCAGCAGAUUGCCGUUGCGAUGGGUCCCCCGUGCCGGCAGUACGUGCGUGCGUUCUUUCCCGGCUUUCUGAAAGGGCUCGGCGACAGCAAAAGCUUCAUCCGAAGCGCCUGUCUCACGUGCAUCAACACGUGGGGCGAGCAGGCCGGUUACAAGGAUUUCUUCGACGGUGAGAUGAUUGCCGAUGCGCUCAAGACCGGCAGUCCGGCGCUGCGAACCGAGCUUUACGCCUGGCUGGCGGAGAAGCUACCCAGCAUGCCAACGAGAAGCAUCCCAAAGGACGAGCUGCUGGCCAUACUGCCCCAUCUGUACACGCACAUUACCGACCGUAGUGCGGACGUGCGCAAGAACGCUAACGAUGCCAUCCUCGGCGUGAUGAUUCACAUGGGGUACGACGCGAUGGUGAAAGCGCUGGACAAGCAGAAGCCGAUCUCGAAGAAGGACAUACAGGCGGCACUCGACAAGGCGCGGCCCAAUCUCCCCGUGAAGCAGCUGCCACCUGCGAAGGCUGCCCCGGCACCGGAGGAAGCGGCGGCUCCAGGCAAGGGAGGAGGGCUUAAGCUGAAGGCACCAAAAUCGGCCGGUGCUGGUGGUGGUGGUACAGCAGCUGCCGGUGGGCGCAUCGGAACAGGUUCGGCCGGUUCCGACAAGUCCGGUGGUGGUGGUGGUGGUGGGUCGGGUGUUGGUAGCGCCGGCAGUGCUGCUGGAGGCAGCUCGUCCCGCAAGAAGGAAGAAGAUGCCGACUCGUUGGCACCCCUGCUCGCGGUGAACGGGCUCAAAAAGCAACGGUUCGUAGACGAGCAGAAGCUGAAGGUCUUGAAAUGGACGUUCACCACGCCCCGGGAGGAGUUCUACGAGCUGCUCAAGGAGCAGAUGCAGUCGGCCAACGUAAACAAAGCGCUCAUGGUGAACAUGUUUCACGAAGACUUCCGCUACCAUCUGAAGGUGAUCGAUGCGCUGAUGGAGGAUUUGGCCACGAACGAGGAAGCACUCAUCUGCAACCUCGACCUGGUGAUGAAGUGGCUCUCGCUUCGCUUCUACGACACAAAUCCCUCCGUGCUGCUGAAAGGCUUGGAGUACCUGAACCAGGUAUUUCAGCGGCUCGUCGACCGGCAGUACAUGCUGGCGGACAUCGAGGGUAGCUCGUUCGUGCCGCACCUGCUCAUCAAGAUCGGCGACCCGAAGGACGUCGUCCGGAACGGUGUGCGCACGCUGCUGCGGCAGAUCUGUCUGCUGUACCCCUUCUCGAAGGUGUUCGUGUUCAUAAUGGACGCGCUCAAGUCGAAAAAUGCUCGCCAGCGGGCGGAGUGUUUGGACGAGCUGGGGUAUCUGAUCGAAACGUACGGGCUGACCGUGUGCCAACCGUCGCAGCCGGUUGCGCUGAAGGAGAUUGCGCGCCACAUAUCCGACCGGGACAAUGCGGUGCGGAACGCGGCACUGAACGCGGUGGUGCAGGCUUACUUUCUAACCGGCGAGAAGAUUUACAAGCUGAUCGGUCAGCUCUCGGACAAGGAUCUUUCGAUGCUGGACGAGCGUAUCAAGCGGUCGAAGAAGGCGUCCGUAGUGCCGGCAAAGAAAGUGCCGACGGGUGUGCCGGGAUCGAAUCUUGCCGACGCUACCGUUGUGGCGAAGGAAAGCAUGGUGCCGAUGGUGGGCGUGCAGGAGCUACAGCCGGCAGGCGAAGUGGGUGGUGGUGCGGAUGACGCUAUGGAUGAGGACGAUACACUGGUACCGGGGCAUGCGGACGCCGUGGCCGUACCGAUGAAAAUCAUUGUACCCGAGCCUCCACAGCCGCGCGCGGUGAAGGGCCCGUUCAAGCUGGACGAGCACGUGAUAGCGGACAUCGAGCGGAACUGGGUGAAGGCCGACGAUCUCGGCAAAACCGUCCUCAGCCCGAUGGAUGAUGCCUUCAUCUACGACGAGCUGUCCGUGAUUGCGGUGAACGGUGUGUCCUAUCCGGAGGAGAAAUUCCGGCAGCUCACCCAACGCAACAUGCUGCUAUCAGCGGCUGGCGGUGGACCGGGCGAAUCGCCCGUUCAUCAGCGUCCCCCGACGGCGACAAUUACGACAGUGCCGGUGGCGGCCAGUCUUCGACCCUCGCUAGAUGGCAGUGGGCUGAUUUCGAAACCGAAACCAGCGCCUCCUGUCGGACCAAGCCCUACCGAUGCUCUCCCAAAGAUGGAUCAGAACUUGGUACGCAUCAUUCGCGGAAUCGGCAACACGGACAGUUACGCUGCACAUGCCGCCUUAAACGAGCUAACCGAUAUCAUGCAAUCGCCGGAGAAGCAGGCUGUGCUGCGAGGAUACGAGGAAAUGUACAUACAGCACGUCCUGCAGCAGUUUAAGAACAUCCAGCAAAAGCCGAUAGCAGAAUCGAUGAACAUAUAUCAACCGCUGCUCCACAGCAUCUUCAUGUUCUUUGCCUCGAAAUCGCUCGGCAAGCAUCUGUCGAUCGUGUCGAUUAAAAACAUCAUCUCCGUGCUGCUGGGCCUGAUGGCCGACAACCGGCUGGUGACCGGCAUCGAUGACGCACAGUUCGUCAAGGUGGUGAACGGCAUCUGUCUCAAGAUACUCGACCGGACCAACUUCACCUACAUGAACUGUGCGCUGAUCCGCCUGCUGAAGGAAUCCUGCCAGACCAGCUGCUUGCCAAAGUUUACCGACCUGCAGAUGAAGUGCAUCUGGCGCAACGUGAAGGUCAUACCGGACCGGUUGCCGGAGCUGGACUACGAGGCGGUGCUGCUGGAGGUGCACGAGUUUAUGCUGGCCCUUCCGUCGACCUGGUGGCAAACGCGACCGUCCGAUAUGCCGCUGCGCACGGUCAAAACGAUCAUACACAACAUGACGAAGAUUAAGGGGAACGCGAUACUGCAGCAUCUGAAUACGAUACCGACCCGGUCGGAGCUACACUCGUACGUGCUGCGCAUUCUGAAGAACAUCAACAAGGACGCGUCUGGUGCGGCGGCGGCGCUGGUGGCGGCUGGCGAUGGUGAAUCGGGCGCUGGUUGCUUACGGCCAGGAACGGCGGCGGGUGGCAUGAUCGGUACCGCCCAGAACAAUGCACUUAACAGCGACAAUAACAAUCAUGGCGUUACGCGCACGAGCAUGAUCGGUGGUGGGGAAGGGGAUGGCGUUGGGCCGGUGGUUGGUUCCGAGUACCAGAAGUACAUAGCUAUCAAUGCGAGCGUUGAAAGCGGCGUCGACGGUAGUAAAGGUGGUCCAGAAAACAAACAAAAUCCCGAGUUUUGGAUGGCGCGAUUAAAUUAUCUAACGAAAAAGACUACCGCCGGUACACCAAAUCGCGGAAGCGUGUUGGGUGCCACCGGCACACAGCUGUCGAUGGACGGGACGGGAACGACGAUGACCGUGCCUGGUGGCAUUAUUACGGACGAGAAUCUGAAUCUGAAUCAAAUGCAGGGCAGCAAGUUCAGCAUUCGGCGCGGGCUGGAUGGGACGGGGUUGGGACACGAGACCACCACCCUUACGGGAACGCCCGUCGGUGGCGGCAUGACGUCACAGCGUCGCGAGCUGCUGCAGCAAAAGCUGGAACAGCUCAAGCAACACAAGUGAACUCUCGCGCGGGUUUGGUGUGUGUGUGUGUGUGUGUCAGUAUAAUCGAACCGACAGAGGAGUGGGGCGGUGGGGCAAUACACACGUGUUUCGUUAGGAAGUACUACAGGUCAAACGUGAACCGCCCUACACGACGCCAUUUUUGUGUGUUAUAUUCAGCAAACAGGUAUUAAAUCUCUGAGGUUGUGGACACACACACACGCAUCUAGCGCAGAAACGGAAAUACUCAUCCAAUUGUGCUCCUCAACCCCCCCCCCCCCACUCCCUCCCUCCCUCCCGCUAGCGCACAAGUGAUGAUCCGAGGCCACACGGUAGCAUCAAAGAUGCAUUUCCCGCCCCCCUGAAAAGGCAAAAAGAAAGUAUUCCCCAUUUUGUUGACUGGGUUUUACGACUGAAUGAUCAAAGGUGUGUACGUGUGUAGGUGUGUGUGUGUGUUGUUAGGUUUGUGCCACCCCCCCCUACUAACAAAUCACUUUGGCUGAGUAACCAUGUGCUUCUUGUAUUUUGGCCGCCAGCCUGUUUAGUUCUGUUUGGAGCGCGCAACCACACACACACACCCGUACACAUAAGCAGCAAGCAAACACAAGCACGGAUUGUUUUUUUUAUAAAUGUAAGGUCCAUUUUUUUACCCACUUCACAGGUUAAUUGCGUUAGGUUACUUUGAAAAGCAGCGUUUUUAACUUAUUGUUAGGUGUAAUACAUUCGCAGCAGCGCUCCGGUGGGGCACCUCGUGUUCCCAGCAGUUUGUUGGUCUAUGUUUUAUUUCUCGGCCUUCUCGGAAACGAACGUUGCAAAUACCCGUACCUUGUUUUUUUAUCGAAUAAUUACACAAUACUACUGUUACUACGACACUACUACUAUUGCUACUACUACAUCAUCAUCAUCAUCAUCCGUUUUAACGGAGUAAAAAAGACUUGCAGAUUAUACACACACACACACACACACAUACAAUACACUACUUAAGCCUCUCACCUUCUAGCAGACGAAAAUUGUAUUAGUAAAACUCAUGUGGUAAAAGCUGUGGAGAUAUACAUAUACACCAAACCAAGCAACCAUGUUAAAGCCCGCUUGCGUAGGGAUUUGUUACGUUCCGUUUGUACCGUUUAUACCCACACACACACGUUUAUGCAUACGCUCCGCUCUCCAUGACCUACUAUUAUUGCACACGUUAAUAGGUAAUACAUUCGCCACGCAGUUGCUAUGCUUGUAAAGGCCGGUUUCGUUUUGGUUAUUGUUUCGUCAGUAGAGCGACACAUGGCAGAUAGGAAAAUGAGCAGCGGCAGUUUGGUCCGCUCGGUACUGUGUAUAAAGGAGACGUUUGUUUUUGCACCAAAAUUUGUCGAAUUCCUGUGUUGUGAUUGUGUGAGCGAAAUCAAUUACAUUAAAGAAAAACAAAACAAAAAAACAUUGUCUCUCUGUGUUAGGAGAACAGAACCGAGAGGCGUAAGUAUUGACCGACGGUAGCAUUCAACACACAAUCGUACUCAGUCUCACAACCAAGAAUUGCUUAACCUGAUGAAAAUAAAAAACAAAACAAAAACUAUAUUUGAAUAAUAUCAA